AUGUUGAAUAGCAACAAGAAGAACAACAAUAGUCGCGAUACAUCUUCCCUCUCCGCAGAGAAAACCACCUUCUCUUAUAGCCAUGUCUUGAUGGUAUUGGAGAAGGAGUUUCCUGCAUUGAAAGAGGAGGUGAAUUCUUUCAAAAAGAAGAUUUCAAACUCAUCGGAUACGGAUCUGUAUAUCAUCAAAAGUAUACAAACUUUUUUAAUUUCUCUAUUUAUUAAACCAGACUAUACAUAUACUGUUGCGAGAGUUUGCAAACCAAUUUUGCCUCUUUUGGUUGCUCAAGUCAUGGAAAAGUUGUACAAAUCAGCUGAAAAAAGCAUCACUAAUAAUUCAUCAGAACAUUAUGACACAAUUCAUGCAGUGAGCAAAAUACUUCCUUUAUAUCCUCAAUUUAAAACUUUUAUCAAGCAAUAUUUCAAGAAUAGACCUUCACUCAUAGAAUCUAUUGUUAACAAUAAUCUGGAGGAUAAGAUAGAGCAACAAAAACUGUUGACACUUUUAGAAAUUACAUAUCGUUUAUUAAUUUGUGCUCCAUCCGAUUUUUGUAAAAUUUGGAAUUGGGCACCAUUUUUCUCACUUUUAAAACACAAAAAUAAGGAAAUUCGAUCCAUGGCAUCUAAGUGCGUUUCGAUACUUCUAGAGCUUGAUGACAAAUAUUUCAAUUCAAAAUUCGAAAAUCUCCAAGAAUAUGUCUUGCAAGAAAUCGAAUCAGAGGAAAAGAUGCAUCUUGAAAACACUCUUUCAUUCUAUGAUGACACUGAAACAUCAAACAUGGAGUCAACUUCAACAGAAUCAAGAGAAAAGCUUGUGAUCUCACACAAGAGUGAAACCAUGGUUAAUGUUUGUGGUGUUUGGCUUCACAAGAACCUUAGAGAAAUUCACUCCUCGCAGCAAAACAUCUCUGCAGAUAAGACAAAACUCAUUUUCACAAACACAGCUUUUGACAAUAUGCGCUCUUUAGCUCUUGCAGUUUCUCAAGAAAAACCUGUGUUGGUUGAAGGUAUUAUCGGCUCAGGUAAAACCGUGUAUGUUGAGGAAUUGGCAAGAAUUACCGGAAACACAGAUAUCAUAAAGGUGAAUUUGGACGAAUCGUUUGAUAGUAAGGACCUGUUGGGAACCUAUGUUUGCACAGAUGUUCCUGGAGAGUUUAGAUGGCAGCCAGGUGCUCUUACGAAAGCUGUUCUUGAAGGUAGAUGGAUUCUCAUUGAAGAUCUCGAUUUAGCUCCUUUUGAUAUCAUAUCCUCAAUUAUUUCGCUUGUGGAGUCCGGAAAUUUAUUCCUUCCCUCUAGAGAUGAGGUGAUUCCUGCUGCGACUGGUUUCCAACUCUUUGCCACACAGAGUUUAAUGGAAUCCUUAUCGGGAAUGGUUACUCGACAACGAGUUUUGCCCAUGUCCAAUUUAUGGACAAAAGUGAUGAUUAACAAAUUACCAUCGAAAGAAAUUGAGCACAUUCUCAAAUCCAAGUUUAAAUCCAUUCAACAACUUGUUCCUAAAUUUAUUGAAACGUAUGAUGCAUUGAGAGGAGUUAACCUUCCUUCCGUUUCAGAUAAUUCUGAUGCAACUUCACAACAAACAAGCACUAAGGAAUCAACCCAACUCAAAAGCUUUGGAAGGCUAUUCUCGUUUAGAGAUUUGUUGAAAUGGUGUGAACGAGUUCAACGAUUUUAUGGUCACAAGAUUCAAAAGAAUGAAAACUAUGUUCUAAGUCAAAUUAAGAGAGACAUUUUCCAUGAAGCGAUCGAUGUGUUUUGUGGAAUGAUUGCGAAGAAGGACGUUUAUGACUCAGUUGUACAUACAUUAGCUCUAGUCUGGGAAAUUUACAAUUUUGAAGACUAUUUGAAGACUUACAAACCUCAAUUACAAGAAGAACGAGGAGUUGUUACUGUAGGUAGAGUGACACUCGAGAGAGACGAAAAGAACUUGGGCGAAUUGUUGCACAAAGGUAGCACCUUUGCCCACACCAAACAAAGCUUGAGAAUGAUGGAAAGAAUUGGAGCUUGUAUCAAGAUGAACGAGCCAGUGUUAUUAACUGGUGAGACUGGUGUUGGUAAAACAACAGCUAUUCAAUAUUUGGCGACUUUGAUGGGUAAAAAGCUUCUUGUACAUAAUUUGAAUCAACAAACAGAUAGUGCUGACUUUAUUGGAGGUUACAAACCUGUAGAUUUGAAAAUUCUUGCUGCAUCUGUGAAAAGCAAUUUUGAACAAUUAUUUUCCGUGACUUUCCCCUCAAAAGAGAAUGAAAGCACUUUAAAUAGGGUCAGAGAUUUAUACUCGAAAAAGAACUGGGUACAGUUUGUGAUGCUUCUCACUAAGAUUAUUGAAUUAGCAGAACAAAAGCUGAAUAAUAUGGAAGAUGAUUCGAGCGAAAAGACAGAACAUUCUGAAGAAUCUUCAAAGAAGCGAAAAAAGUCACAAGCUUCCUCUUCAUCUGGCUCGGGAACUAAGAAGCAUAAAACAGAGAAAACAUUCACAUUGAGACAAUACUGGGCUAAAUUUAAGGAAAGCGUUGACCGAUUUAAUCAUCAACAAAUACUCGUUCAAAAUAGUUUUGCAUUCUCCUUUGUUGAAGGUACAUUGGUAAAAGCAUUGAAGGAAGGUCACUGGAUUUUACUCGAUGAAAUUAACUUGGCUUCGACUGAAACCUUGGAACGUCUUUCCAGUUUAUUGGAAGGAGAAGAAGGAACCCUUUUCAUCACUGAGAAGGGAGAUACAGAACCAAUCAAGAGACAUCCAAACUUUAGAAUCUUUGCAUGCAUGAAUCCUCCAACAGAUAUCGGAAAAAAGAACUUACCACCUGGAUUGCGAAAUAGAUUCUCUGAAUUCUAUGUUCAUGAACUGACCGAUAGGGAUGAUUUGAAAAUUGUUGUGUCGAGAUACCUCGCAAACAUUCCACAUCCACCCGUGGAUGACAUUGUGAAUUUCUACUUGGACGUAAGAAAGAAGGCAGAAGCAGAGUUAUCUGAUGGAGCUUCUCAAAGACCACACUACAGUUUGCGUACAUUGACGAGAAGUUUAGAUUAUACAGUGAUGGUUCUCAAAGAUUAUGGUCUUGAAAGAGCACUCUAUGAAGGGUUUUCGAUGGGUUUCUUAACCUUGUUAAGCUCCUCUUGUUGUUCAACGGUGGAAAAGCUCAUCCGAAGCACCUUCUUUAAGAACAAGAAUGUUGAAAAUUCUCUCAAUCAAGCUCCACCAAAACCAACCAGUGGAGAUUUUGUCUUGUUCAAACAUUUCUGGCUUCAACAAGGUCAAUUCAAACCAGAACAACCCACAGAUUUUAUCAUUACAGAGUCUGUUGAGGAAAAUUUGAAAAAUCUGGCAAGAGCGAUCAAGACCAACAAAUAUCCAGUGUUGCUGCAAGGUCCUACCUCAGCUGGUAAGACCAGUAUGGUUCAAUAUCUGGCUAAAGUUACAGGACACAGAUUUGUGAGAAUUAACAAUCACGAAAGUACAGAUCUCCAAGAAUAUUUUGGUACCUACAUUACAAAUGCACAAGGUAAAUUGGUUUUCCAAGAAGGUAUUCUUGUGGAAGCAGUAAGAAAUGGUUAUUGGUUGGUAUUGGACGAGUUGAAUUUGGCUCCUUCUGAUAUUCUUGAGGCUCUUAAUCGUUUAUUGGAUGACAAUCGAGAAUUGUUCAUUCCAGAGACACAAGAAACAGUCAAGCCUCAUCCUCACUUCCAAUUAUUCGCCACUCAGAAUCCACCUGGAUUGUACGGUGGUAGAAAGGUGUUAUCUCGUGCCUUUAGAAAUAGAUUUUUGGAACUUCAUGUGGAUGAAAUACCACGACCAGAACUCAUUACCAUUCUCCACAAGAGAUGCCAAAUCUCGAAUCAGCAUGCCACUAAACUUGUAACGGUCAUGAGAGAACUCCAACAACGCAGACAAAGUAGUAAGAUCUUUGCUGGUAAAAGUAACAUUACUCCAAGAGAUUUGUUCAGAUGGGCAGAACGUAUGAAUGGAGUGGCAGACAAUAUCAACUACAAUCAAAAUGCUGCAGAGGAGGGAUACAUGCUUUUAGCAGAGAGACUCCGAAGAGAUGAAGAGAAACAAAUUGUACAAGAAAUUUUAGAGAAAGUAUUCAAGACAAAGAUUGAUCUUGAAGCCAUGUAUAAUCCUAAAGAAUUACAAGAUGUCUCUAUUGCAGGAAGCAAUAUUGUUUGGACCAAGACCAUGAAGAGAAUGUAUGUCUUGGUUGGAAAAUGUCUCAAAUUCAAGGAACCUGCCUUACUGGUCGGUGAUACAGGUACAGGUAAAACAACUGUAUGCCAAAUCUAUGGUGAUAUUUACAAGAGACAUUUGAGAAUUCUAAACUGUCAUCAACAUACUGAGACGAGUGAUAUUCUUGGAUCUCUACGCCCUGUGAGAGGUCGAGAAAAACUCAAAGCAGAGCUUGAGCACAUGAUUCAAGACUUUAUCAAUAUUGCCAACAACAAGUUUUCUCUAGAUAUCAAUUUCGGUAAUGAGACGAAUAUCAGCAAGAAGGUCAAGAGACUUGAAGACAUUUGUAAAAAACUUGCGAAAGAGAGAAAACAAAUUGAACCUCAAAAAAAGAAGAAAAAGAAUGAUUUCAAAGAAAAGGAGCUUUUAGAAAAGCAAUUAAUUAUCAGAGAGACCUAUCAAAAGUGGAAAGCUCUUUUCACUUGGUAUGAUGGUCCUCUUGUACAAGCCAUGAAGAGUGGCGACAUUUUCCUCAUUGAUGAAAUUUCACUCGCUGAGGAUGCUGUGUUGGAACGUUUGAACAGUGUGUUGGAGCCUUCACGAGAAUUAACUCUUCCUGAGAGAGGUUCUGAAAAAGUCGAACAUAUUGUUGCCAAUGAGAAUUUCAGAAUUUUGGCAACCAUGAAUCCUGGAGGUGAUUUUGGAAAAAGAGAAUUAUCACCUGCCCUGAGAAAUCGUUUUACAGAAAUUUAUGUUCCGAGUUUGUCAGUCUCUGAAGAUUUGGCCAUUAUUGUUGCGAGUAGACUCAAUGCAAGCAUCAAAUCCUUUAAUAUUCGAAUGGUUGAGUUUGUUCAAUUCUUUAGAUCCAAACGUACGAAACGUCUAUUGAGCGUGAGAGAUGUCAUUUCAUGGGUUGAUUUCAUGAAUAUGGCAGUUGAAAAACUAGAUAUGGAUGCCUAUGGUGCCUAUUUGCAUGGUGUCGAUACAGUGAUUUUGGAAAGUAUUGGUGUCGGUACAGAUGCCUCAGCAAGAAAUAGACAACUCUUGCGAACCGAAUGUUUCAACUUCUUAUUGCACAAGUUGGAACAGGAACAAGUUCUCGUGAGUGAGCAAUUGAAUUACUACAAGGAUGUUUUCCUUAAUGAAAACUACACAGCCAUCAGAACUACCAAGACGAAGGAAAGUGUCGACUACUUUGGAUAUCAUCCAUUCUUUAUCAAAUGUGGACCCAACAUGGAACGAAAGAUUGUCUAUGCAUUGGACGCUCCCACGACAGGUAGAAAUGUUAUGAAAGUGUUGAGAGCCAUGCAACUCAAAAAGCCUCUACUUUUGGAGGGUAGUCCAGGUGUUGGAAAGACAAGUUUGAUCUCUGCCAUUGCUAAAGCCUCUGGACACAAUAUUGUUCGAAUCAAUCUCUCUGAACAAACGGAUAUGAUGGAUUUGCUUGGAACUGAUUUACCUGUGGAGGGUAGCUCGGGAGGUCAAUUCCGUUGGUGUGAUGGUAUUUUCUUGAGAGCACUUCGAAAUGGUGAUUGGAUAUUGUUGGAUGAGUUGAAUUUAGCUUCUCAAUCGGUUCUUGAAGGUUUAAACUCUAUUUUGGAUCACCGUGCUGAAAUUUACAUUCCAGAAAUUAAUGAAGUUGUCAAGUGUCCAGAAGGAUUCAGAAUAUUUGCAUGCCAAAAUCCACUCCAACAAGGAGGUGGAAGAAAAGGUCUUCCAAAAUCUUUCCUCAAUCGUUUCACUCAAGUUUAUGUGGAUGAAUUGAGACCUGAAGAUUUGACAUUUAUUCUUCGCUCCAUUCAUAGAGAUAUUGGAGAAGACAAUAUCAAGCUCAUGAUUGACUUUAACAGAAGAAUGCAUAGGGAAACAAUGGAAUUGUACCGAUUUGGUAGAAAAGGAAGUCCUUGGGAAUUCAACUUGAGAGAUGUUUUCAGAUGGUGUGAACUCUUAAAGAAAGAACAAGAGCUCAACAAGAAGAAUAAUGAGUCAUUCAAAUAUGAUCCAAUGAGACUAGUUGAUUGCAUGUAUCGACAGAGAAUGAGAACUCGGGAAGAUCGUCAAUAUGUUGAAAAGAUAUAUUCUGAGCUUUCUGGAAAAGAGUUCCCAUCCGAGACCUAUCCAACUUAUACUAUUUCUCCAGACGCUAUUCAAGUAGGGUCUUCCAUUUUGUUGAAGAACAAUUCAUUUGAUGAUGGCGACAAGGACAAUCAUGCUCCAAGUACUACAAACUCUUCAAAGGAUUUGAUCUUGUUACAAUCAUUUUUGAAUCCUCUCGAGAAUAUUAUGAAGUGCAUUGAGAUGAAUUAUUUGACCAUUAUCAAUGGACCUUCUGCAUGUGGAAAGUCUUCAAUUGUAAGACUCAUUGCACAAAUGACUGGUAACAAGUUGAAUGAAUUCUCCAUGAGCAGUUCAACGGAUACUGUUGAAUUGUUGGGAGGAUUUGAACAAGUGGACCCAAUUCAAAAAGUUAAAAUGGUUGCAAAUGUUAUCAAACUCAAGAUAGACGAGCUUGCAAGAAUUUCCUUCUUGAAUGAUGAGAAACGAAACUUUGAUACUGUGAAGCAACUUUAUAAUCAAUGGGCAGCCUAUGAAACAACCUCUAAAAAGGAUGCCACUUUCUCAGGAAUUGAACAGCUCAAGAGUAUAUGCGAAGGAGUUUUUGCAUUGCUUCAGUAUGAAAACGAAGAAAAACAAUCCAUCCUCAAUCAACUUGAGAAUUUGAGUAAAUUAUUAGAGAUGGGUGUUAAGGGACGAUUUGAAUGGAAUGAUGGUGUUUUGAUCCGAUCACUGGAAGCAGGUAAUUGGCUUCUCAUUGACAAUGUCAAUUUUUGCAAUCCAACUGUUUUGGAUCGAUUGAAUUCAUUAUUUGAACCUGAUGGUGUGCUUGUUGUUAAUGAAAGAGGACUUGUGGAUGGAGAGAUUCGUAUUGUUAAACCUCAUCCUCACUUUAGAAUCUUCAUGGUGAUGGAUCCAAAGUAUGGAGAAAUUUCAAGAGCCAUGAGAAAUAGAGGAUUGGAAAUUGCCAUGUUCUCAAUUGCAAUUCCUUCUCAAGAUGCGUUCACAUUGUUGGCUAAUCAUGGAAUUCCCUCUUCACAUUUGUGCAACGUAAUGAUGGACUAUCAUGCACGAUUUGCUUCAAAAAUUUUCCUUCUUGAAGAGGAUCGACCAACGAUUCGUGACUUGUUAAGAUGUGCGGAAGUGUUCAACUCUGAAGUGAAACAAGGACUCAAUAUCACCAGUGCAUUUAGAGCAGCAGUCUCGAGUGUCUAUAUUAGAAGUAGAUGCCCUACAAAAGCUGCAAGAGAAAUUGCAGAAAGAGAAUUAGAAGAGUGUAUACAGGUAUUGCCAAGAAAUGAUCCAAGCUUCCCAUCUACAUUUGUUGCUUGUAAUGCUUUCAAGUGCGACAAAUCAGUCUUUAGAAAUGUGUUUAGACAAGCAGCACGGCUUUAUGAUAUCAUUAGAACUUAUUUAAGUAGAUGUAUGACUGAAAAGAUGGAUCAAAACACUAGUACAAAGAGUAUUCUAGAUGGAUUGCAAUGGAAGAUUUUAAUUACUGACUUGCCACCUCAGUUCUUGCAAUCCAAUGACAUUCAACGAACAAUUUUAAACACAGAUAAUAGUAUGGACGACACACUCGAAAGUUCCAUUUCUAAGUUGGUCAAUGACAUGCAAUAUGCGCUUGAAUACUUUAUUGAUGUGAGCUCUCUCAAAGAUAUUGAUAUUAGAACGAUAUGGUUACAAAGACUUCACAGGCUUUGUAAAUCCGACAAAGUUCUCGAUGAGUUACUCACAAAAGGUUUAGAGCUUCUCAACAAGCACAAAAACGGUGACUUCUCGAAGAAGAUUCAAAAAGUAUUUGGAGAUAUCUCAUUGGCUGUAACAAGCAAAUAUGCAGAUAUCAUUGCUUCUCAACCUCUUAAUUUGAAGUACAGCCAACAAUUAUACUCUCGUCUUGUUUAUUUGGGACUUGUUACGGAUGAGAACGAUCAUUUGUUUGAGGCUGCAAGUUUGUUAACCUCUCAACAAAAACGAAAGUACGAAGAAGAGCUUGCAAUUUCAGGCGAAUUUAAAGGAUCCAUUGUGGAGAAUCAGUCUUCACUUCUUCAUCUCUCUUAUUACUAUCACAUUAAUCCAAAGUAUAGAGGUUCUGUUCCAAAUAGAGUGGUUAUUCACCUCUACACGCUUUUCACUCAAAUUGAUGCUUUUGUGGACAGCAUGAUGAACGCUUCCAUUGAGGACUCUGUUUGUAAUUUGGAUGAAAUCAGAGCUCUGUUGAGAUGUAGAGACAAAUUGUGGUUCUACCUUUCUCAUACUUUGGAGUUAACUGAAGAAUUCUUUAUUUAUUGGAAUUGGUUGGCUAAGGAAUUCCUCAAAUUGAAGGUGAAAAAACCCAAGUUCAAGAAACCAUCCAAGAAGAAUGUUGAAACACCUUAUGAGCUCUACGAACAAUUAUGCACAUUUAUGGGGGAAAUUGAUGGCCUGGUCAUCAACAACUUCAAUAGCGUUGGAAAGAAAAAUACCUUGUAUAAGAAUUGUGGAAAGCCAACUAUUUCAGUUUCCCAAGAAUUGAAACAACUUGAAGACGUGAUUCAACAAUUCUUAACAUCUACAACCGCACACACAGAGAGCAGAGAACUCAAAGAACUUCUUUUCAAGGCAAUGAGCACUGUAAAAUUGUUGCAGCAAAAUCCUCAACAUCCAGACUAUGAUAAAUUGUUGCAAUAUGUGAGAAGUGUUCCAACUCUUCUCGAAAAAUCAAAACCAAAAGAGCAAGAACUCUCUGAAGAUAUUUAUACUCCUUACAAAGAAUUGAGUAACAAAUCUGAGCAAGAGCUUGUAAUGGAUGCUAUUUUCCAUGACAUUGCCGAAUUUACUGCACCAGACAAGAAGCGUGUGAAUGCUGCAUCCUUGCAUUCAACCAAGGCAAUAUCUCCACUCUUUGAUUACAAGAGUAUGCAUAAGGAAAUGAAUGUCAUUAUGUUAUUCUCAAAGAUUGGAUAUCUUUGUAAGAGAUUGGAUGCUUCCACAGACAUCAUGGAGGUCAAGAGAUUGUUGAACUCUGUUGUGAUCAAGUCAAGACAUCUCGUCGAUUUCAUUUUGGAGAAUUGUUCUCGAGGACCUUUUGAUAUGGUUCCUUAUCAAAUGUUGUUGUGGAAAGCAGGAAAUUUGGAUGCUCUUUCAUUGGAAGAAUUGAAACAGUUUGCCUCAUCCAUACCUGCAUUGUUGCACUAUGUUUACAUUUAUUGGAAUGAGAGGGUGUGGAAUAACACUUACAACAACUCCAUGUUUGACAUGUCCAAAUCGGACGAAAAUCUUACACGAGACGAUUUGAUUGGUCCAAAUAGAUUAUUCCAAGAUGUAAACUCUGUUCAUAUUUUGAAGUUGUUGAGCGGAUGGGAAAAUAUUCCAAUUCGAUCGAGACAUAUUAAGAUUGAUCAACUCAAAAAGGUCAUUCAAUUUAUUUGUACCAAUGUGGAUAAUGUUCAAGCUGAGGAAAUUGAUUGGUCCAAUCUCACCUACUUGUAUUGUGAUACAUUGUUGAGCUUUAAGAAGACUUUUUCAGCCCAAGCGCUUUCAGAAUUGGUAGAUUUGACUGAUUCACUAUGUGCAACAAAGGACAUUGACGUCAAGAAGUUGGAAACAAUUCUCGACAGUUCCAACGAUUCCAGACUCAAACAGAAGAAGAAUGACAUUAUUUCUAUUUGCAAGCUUAUUUGCGCCAAAGAGUUAGACAAAAAUAAGGAUCUUAUCAAUCGUGGUUUGGCAUGGUUAAAGUUAGGAGAAGUUCGCAUGACAUUGUUCAUUCCUGCUAACGCCUUGGAUCCAACCCUCAAAUAUUCCAUCUAUGACAAACAUUUGAAGGAAGAUGUGGACAUGCUGAAUAACAAACUUCAAGUUAUCACUUCCAUUGAAAAAUUCAUGACAGGAAGUGAUAAAAGCUUUAUCACAAGUAAGAUUGAACAAGAUUUGUCUCAUAUUCAGGUCAUGAUGGACAAGAUCACUCCAAAAGUCAUUCACAGACCAUCCACCAUCUCUUUCAUUGAUUUGUAUCGUGAAAUGAAGACCCUUGUCGAUCAACAGGAAGUCUUACGUACUCUCUCCAACAAUUUGCUCAAAUACUUUGAAAGAAGUGAAGACAGUAGCAGCGGCAACAAUGAAGAGGUUGAACUAAUCACCAAAGAAGAUUCCUAUCAAUCCAAUACUCAAAGUUUGAUCAAGACUAAGAUUUUGAAGAAUGAAUUCGGUUUUGAAGAUUUGGCCAUUCCAUUCGCCUCCUGUGCCUAUCAUAUCAAGUAUGGCUUGAGAUUGUUGUGUUAUGGAUCUCUUGCACAGAAAGACAAGACCGAACAACAUACUGUGAAUCAAAUCCUCAAUCAUUUACUCUCCUUCCCUUCGUGUAACUCGGUACAGACCAUUGAAUCAGACUUGGAAGUGGUUCGUAAAUGGUUGAAAUCGAUCGAUCACUCUCCAACCAUGCAUCUCAAAUGCAAGCAAUAUGAAACAGCAACGAAAGUGCUCCGUGUUCUCAUGUCUAGAUGUUUGUUGAUUACAAUUUCUCAAACUUCAAGUCAAGAGAAAACCAUUGAAAAUCUUUCUCUCUUGAAUCAAGUCUUCUCCAUGUAUUCCAACUUGUUUGAAACCGUCGAGGAUGAAUUGGAAAAGAAGCAGCAAGAAGAGGACAGUUUCUACAAAUAUCGAGAGAAGAAAACUGUGAUUGAGACUGACGAAGAGAUGUUAGAGGAAGAAAUGGAAUCCAUGUUCCCAACCUAUGCUGAGGAUUAUUCGGACUUUGUUGAAAAGCCAGAACAGCAAUCUUUGAAACAAAAUAUUGGUGAAAAGCGAGAAACCUUAAAUUCUGAGAAGUCCUUGUUGGAAAAGGUGAAUAAGGUCAUUCAUGAUGAGAAGGAAAUUGAUUAUCUCGUUCAAACGCACAAGGACAUUUUCAGUUUUGUGUCAUUGAGUGGAUCUGCUUUGAACCGUCUUGGAAGACCUGUUCAAGUCAUUGAGAAUAUCCGAAGCAAAAUGUUUGAUGAGUCUUUCAAUGUGGCUGUUCAUAUUCUUAACACUCUGAAUGGAAAGUAUCAAAUUGAUAUGAAAUCUUCGGGUUAUUUGCCUUUGGUGUUGUUUGGAAGUAGAGCUCUGAAUAAUUUAUGGGUAAAAGUUGAUCAUUCGAAGGAAGCCAAGUUAAAGGCCUAUAACGAAGUGUAUACCGAGCCAAACAUUCCAGAAAUUACUCUAGCUUUUAGCACACUUUUCAGUAUGCUUCAAAGAUUGAACUUCCUCAUUAAGAAGUAUAGUACUGAGGAACAGAAGGGACAUCCAGUACUUGUGGAGAUGGUUAAAAUUAUUGAACAUAUUCUGAAUCAACCUAUUACUAGUCCGAUUAUUAAGAUUUUGACUGGAUUGGAAUUACUUUUGAUAAAGGCUGGAGAAUGGGAAGAAUAUCUCACUGCGCAUGUCAAUUCCUUGAAAGAAGAAAUUAGAAAGCUUUCAUCUCUCAUUGUUCGAUGGAGAAGAAUGGAGUUGGAAAAUUGGAAGGGAAUUUAUGAUUUGAAGACACGAGAAUAUAAGAACAAAUCUAUUAAUUGGUGGUUCAGAUUCUAUACGUUGAUUUGCAACAGUGAUUUCAAUCAAGUGGAUAUUAACAAGACUAUUGAAGAAUUCUUCAGUAUUUGUGAUGAUUUUAUUAGAACAUCCACUAUUGGUGAUUUCGAGUAUCGUCUUGGUUUGCUUAACAACUUUAAUCAACACUUGACUGCAGAAAUUGAGAGAAGGUACUGUGAAGAUAUUGAGACAAGAACCAAGAUUAGAGAUAUUAUUCACAACAUGCACAGAUAUUACUCUCAAUUCAUUCCAAAGCUUAUGGAGAGACUGGAACAAGAGAAAAAACCACUCGAAGAAAAACUACGAGAUUUCAUUACACUAACCAAGUGGGAAGAUGUCAACAUUGAUGCCAUUCGAUUCACCACAAAGAAGUCGAGAAGAGCUCUUGCCAAGUUCUCAAAAGGUUUUGGUGAAGUUUUAGUGAAACAAGCAAGAGAUUUGUGGGACAAGUACGAUGAACUUGCUGCAGCCACUGAAACCGUACAGGCGAAGCAAGACAAGAAAACCACCAAGAAAAAGUCCAAAAAGAAGCAAACCGCUCAUUACUCUGACGAGCCGAAUGAUGUCAUUCAAAAGUAUUUGAACAAGACCAAGAACUUGCUUCAUUCCAAUGAUGAAACAAUCAAAAAUAUGGUUUCCUUCACAAAGAAAGACAAGCAAUUGAUGAAGGUGAUUGAAACUGAGUUUAUGGAUGAUUCAAAGAAUAUUAUUGAUCGAUUACCUGUCAUACAUGAUUUGGUUGGAAAGAACUUUGUGAAUCAUGUUCUCAAGAGCUCUCUUUCUAAGGAGUACGAUGCAGUUGUGAGCAAUAUCGAAGAUUUGAGCACUGAAAUUAUUGAGCAAACUCAAACAUUGAACAAGGAGAACUCACCAAAGAGUAUGAAAUUGAGAGCACUGGUCUCACUCUUAACCGAGCUCAAAGAAAUGGGUGUGUCCUAUCUCAAGAAGGGCGUCUCAACCGAGACUACUAUGGAUAAGGUUUUCCUGAUUCCAUCUGUUUCUCUUACACUUUCUGCUUUUGAUUCGAAGGAUGUGAUGGAUGAAUUUAAUAGAGCUGACGAAUACUUUUACAAGAAUAUUUUCAGUAUUCAAAACUUUAGAGUCACCUAUGAAGGAGAGUUAGCAGAAGAUAUCAAGAGUCAAAAGACAAAGAUGAGAGGAUAUCCUGAUAACUUGUUCUUCUUAACACUCAAACACAGAAGAUAUUUGAGUCAAAUUGAGAAUUGUCAAAAAUCCAGCAAAUCAUUAUAUUCUACGUUGGAGCAUGUGAGAAAAUCCAUUGUUGAAUCCUCAAACCAUGAUGCAGAUCAAGUGUUGAUUUCUCAAGGUACCUCAGAAAAAGCUGUUACUACCCAAGCCGAUUACGUGUUCAAAUUGUACGAGCUGAUUUAUCAAAUUCAUUCUCUCUACACUGCUCUCUCAAAACAUGACGACCAAUACAACAAACCUCUCAAGACUCUGAAUGAAGGAAAGCAAUUAAUUGAUCGAGCAAUGGAUACUGUAGCUUCGGUGAUGAACAGAACCAAGAUUUACAGUUCCACAGAUCUGAAAGAGCUUUCUGACAAUCUUUCGACAUUGGAAAGAGUCAAAACGGUUAUGUAUACAUUCAUUGAGGAAACUUCUACACUUCCAAAAUCACCCGAAUUGAUCACUCUGCUCUCAGAGUUUGACUCGGUAAAGUCUGUGGUGGAUAAGGCCACCUCUGGUGAUGAAGAAAUCUCUCAAGCACCAAGUCAAGACAUGACGAUUGUGAAAGAAUUUGCCAACAAGUACAAACAUGCUGUCAAAUUUAUCCAAUUGAUCACUCAAGAUUUAAUUAAGGCAAGCAGUGAGGAACAAGCUCAAUUUGAGCAAGUUGUUAAAGCAACCACCGAAGAGCACACCAAACAUCAAGACAACGAUUCGAACUUAUCCUUAUCGUUCUUGAGUAAGAAUAAUUCUAUCGCCAGAUUGGAGGAACACGUUGAACAUUGCUGCCAAACCAUCACCAAUGGCAUGACAAAGAUCAAUCAUGAUCUCCAAGAGAUGAUCCAAACCAUCACUACGUACAGUAAGCGAGAGGAUCGAAAUCCAUCCAUUGUCAAUAGUUUGAGCGAAUUACUUGGUAACCUUACUCCUCUCUUGCAACGACUCGAUCUUAUUGUGGAUACCAUCAAAAUACCCAUUGUUUAUUACCACAAGAGUUUUUGUGGAAAGGAUGACGAAACAGAGGGAGAAGGCCAAUCGGACGGUGUGGAAUUUAGUUCCGGUACUGGUAUGGACGAUGGAGAAGGUAUUAAUGAUGUGAGUGAUCAAAUCGAUAAUGAGGAUCAAUUACUCAAUGAAAAAGACAAGAAACAACAGGAAGGAAAUAAGGACGUGGAAAAGAGUGAAAAUGCUAUUGAGAUGGAAGGCGACUUUGAAGCCGAAAAAGACGAAAUGGAUGAACAAGAAGAGGACGAUGAAGAUAAUGAUGACAACGAAGAAGACGAAAACAAAGAAAUGGGAGAGAUUGAUGAAGAUGAUCCAAACAAGGAACAACUCGAUGACAAGUUGUGGGAUGAGAAUGAAAACGAUCGAGAUGACAAGACGGAGGAAGGAAGUGACAAGUCUGAAAAACCUCAACAACAAGAUUCUGAGCUUAAAGCCCAAGAAGAAGAAACCGAUGAUCAAGGUCUCAAUACCAAACAAGACAAGCAAAAGAAAGACGAUAAACCAAUGGGAUAUGAAGAAGAUGAAGAGGCUGUCGAACAAGAAGAGUUUGAAGACAAAAUGGAUGACAAGUUUGGAGAGGAUGAACUCAACAAUGAACAACAAGAAGAAGACGAAGACGCUGAUCGUGCAGAUGAUAAGAAUGAUCAAAUGCAAGUCGAUGAUUUGGAAAUCUCUGAGGAUGAGCAAGAAGAGGAACCUCAAGAUGAGAACAAUAUGGAGGAGCAAGAUGGAGAAGGUGGCGACCACGACGACCAAGAAGAUGAUGAUGAGAUUGGUGGCGAUGAAGAUCUCAAAAAGAAGAAGGACGAAGAAAUUGAUGAACAAGUCGACACGGAAGAUAUUGCUCCUGAAGAUCAAAACAUCUCAGGUCAAGAUGAAGAGGAUCAAGAUGCCAUAGAUCCAACUCUUGAAUCCGAAAGUAAGCAAGAGAAGGAUGAAGAAGGUGAAAAAGACGAGGAAGGCGAAAAAGAGAAUGAGGAAGAAGAAGACAACGAAAAGGCUCACGUCCAAGAAGAAGCAGACAAUGCCGAUCUCAAGGAAACACCCUUCGGAGUCAAACAAACUGCAGGUAAAGCCUCUGAAAUUAAGGAUGACUCUGCUCAAGACAAACAAGAACGACAAGAAAAGAAAAACAACAAUGCUGAAGAAAGUGGUAAAGACACCAACAAGAAUGAAAUGGGAGAGAGUAUGGAUCAAGGCAGUAAUGAUAACGCUAAACAGGAACCAGAAGCAGGACAAAUGCAAAUGGAUCCAAAUCCUCUCAGAAGUUUGGGUGAUGCAAUGAAGAAUUGGAAGAAGAAACUUAACCUUGUUGAAAGAAACAAACAAGAAGAAGAAAAACAAAAGAAGGAAGAGGGUGAGAAGAGCGAAGCCUUUGAAUUUGUGGAAGAGAAUGAUGCUGAUAAGGAUGAGCAAGAGAAUCAAAUCUUGUCCAAUGCAACAGAUGAACAAUCCAAAGCAUUCCCAGAAAUGGAAGAUGGUGAAGAGGAGGAAGAGGAAGACAUGACAGGUGAAAAACAAAAAGAACAGUUUGGAGAAGAGAAGAAGAAGAAUGAGGAUGGUCAAGAUGCCGACUCCAAACCAAGUAUUUCAUCGAAAUUGGAUAAAAAGAUGCAAGAUCAAGAGGAUGAAGAUGAUGAAAUGGAAGAUUUGGACUUCAAUCCUCCCUCCAAGAAGGCAGAAUUUGUCCAAAAAAACUUUGAAAGCACCAUUCACACAAAACAAGAGACCAUGGAAGAAGAUAUUGACUUUGUGCAAGAAGAAUUGAAACCACUCACGAUGGAUGAUAUUAAGAGAAUGAGAGAAGAACUUGAAACCUCUCUCAAUGAUUGGAGAAACAAUGAAGAUAACGUCAAUCACUCGAAGGAGAUUUGGAAGAAAUUUGACAUGUUAACGUCAAGUCUCUCGCAAGAAUUGUGUGAACAAUUGAGACUCAUUCUUGAACCAACACUUGCUACUAAACUCAAAGGAGACUACAAGACAGGUAAAAGAAUUAACAUGAAGAAGAUUAUUCCUUACAUUGCCAGUCAAUUCAGAAAGGAUAAGAUUUGGCUUCGAAGAACCAAACCUAACAAGAGACAAUAUCAAAUUUUGCUUGCCAUCGAUGAUUCCAAGUCCAUGGCUGACAACCAUGCAGGUCAAAUGGCUUGUGAAGCUUUAACCUUAAUCUCGAGAGCUAUGGCUCAAUUAGAAGUUGGACAACUUGGUGUUGUGAGUUUCGGUGAAAAGAUGAAACUUCUUCAUCCAUUCGAAAAGCCAUUUACCGAUGAAACUGGAGCUGAAAUUCUUUCACAAUUUACAUUCAAACAAAAUCAAACUCAAAUUGUGUCCUUCCUAUCCGAUACGAUUCAACUCAUGGAAAAUUACAAGUCCUUAGAAUUCUCUAACAAUUCGGAACAAUAUCAACUUGCCUUUAUCAUUUCAGAUGGUCGUAUGUUAGAACGAGAUCGAAUUGUCAAGCUCGUUCGAGAAGGACAAGAGAAGAAGAUUUUGUUUGUCUUUAUCCUUAUUGACAACCCAAAUCCAAAAGAAUCCAUCCUCGAAGUGAAGAGUAUUAACUCUACCAAUGAUCCAAAACAACCACUCACCUUCAGUUACUACAUUGAGAAAUUCCCAUUCCCUUACUAUAUUAUUUUGAGAGAUAUUCAAACACUUCCUGAAGUACUUGCUGAUGCCUUACGUCAAUACUUUGAAUUGAUUAAUUUAACAGCUGCCGAACAAGUGUAA